UUCUUCCAUCUUCCUCUCAUCUCUGGAAGCUCCAUCCGUAUUGGAAUAGGCAGCAAUUAUUCCAAUCUCUAUGAACAGAGCAUUCUGCCGUGUAAAAAAGAAGAACUACAGUGUGGUGACGGACUCUGCCUCUUAAACUGGCUGCGCUGUCACUAUAAGAAGGACUGUGGCAGAGACUACAUGUCCAUCAAACUAACAUGCUCAAAAGUACACUUGAACCAGAGCAGCCCAACCAGUGAAUUCCCCAGCUAUGGUGAAAACGGAAAUGAUACCAGUUUACUUGUUUCACCCCUUCUGGUGGCUGGAGUAGUGAUCGGACUUGUGCUAUUUCUAUCCUGUGUUACAAUCAUUGUUGGCAGUCUGCGAAAGGACGGACGGUUAAGACACCCACAUCUGAGGAGAGAUGCUGUUUAUGCUCCAGAUGGCUUCUCUUAUGGUGGCUCUUUUGGAGAGCUGAGAUCCACCUGCAUGGAGGAGUUUCCCCCAGCUUUUAAUUUUGGUUCCUAUCUGGAUACACUUUCUCAGGUCAACGUCAUGUAUCCCGAUUCACCUCCACGCUACGAUGAAUGCGUGGGGCCAGGAGCAACUCAAAUAUAUAUUCCCACAGAUGAUCCCCCCCCAUAUUCUUUUACGGACCCUUGUCAAAGAAAUGAAAUAUCUAUAAACAUUAGCCUGGAAGAGGAAGCAGCACCUGGGACUACAGGACAGGCUGCAAAUUAUGCAGUCAGGCUGCAGGACUUGCAGCAGCCCAUUUCAUCCAUCUCUUUGUCGUCUCUCACUCUGGAGGCUGCUCCCCUGUACGAGACGGUGGUGUGUGAACAGAAUAUGCCCAUCCCACUUGUUCCAGUGGAAGUACUGAAAAAUUCUUCCACUAUCAGACCCUUCUGAACCAAAUCACGUAAAUAAAAGUGGCUCUUUCCUUCAAUUCUUCUGAAGAACUCAGACUGACAAAAACAUUUAAAUGGAAGAAUAAAACCUCUGAAAGUUUUACCUAUUUUAUAUCUUUAAACAGGGAUGCAACGGGAUUUUAUUUUUUAUAGUGAAUUUUGAAAGUUUACCUAAACUUCCCUCUAUGCUUCAAAGUGUUCCAUGACAUCACACAGCAUAAAAGAGCAGCAGUGACAAGCAAUGCAUCUGACCUUUUUGAAGCAUUUCAAAACACAUUGAAAUCAGCCACUCUUAAUGUAGAUACAUGUUAUCCAGUCAAGCCUACUUGUUGAUUUUAUGAUACUUUGCAUGUUUUAGAGCAGAAGGAAAGAGAAGAGCAUUUUGUUGUCUUUGUAGGUGUCACUAGUACAUUUCAUUCAGUGUCUUGGCAACAAAGCAUUUUUAAGUAAUUCUUUGUCUAAAUACGUAUUUCAGUAGACAGAGACAGAACACUGCCUGCAAAACAUGACUAUCAGUACCAUAUAGGAGCAAAAGAAAAAGGAGAAUAAUAUUUUGAUAGUCACAUUUUUUUCCUUUGGAAAGCCUGGCCAGUACCAGGCUUUCCAGACCAUUGCAAAGUCUGCUGUAAAUCUUCCUCAAAAGAAACCAGCGGCAAGUGAUGAAGAGGUGGCAAUGGAUCCCCAAACACCAAUUGGCUUUACCUACCGAAGCUGUACUACAGCUGUGUGC